UUCUUUUUGUUCAAAACGCCGGCGAAGAAGUGAGCGAACCACUGAACGAGAGAAGACAGAAGAGAGAAUCAGUAACCGCAAUGUCGGGGUUUCCGUUUGGUCAAUCCAAUUCCGUUGGAGGUUUCUCAUUCGGAUCUUCUCCCGUAACUAAUUCAUCUUCUGCUUCGUCUACCACUUCACCGUUAUCUUUCUCCUUCAACCAAUCUUCAAACCCUAGCUCCACCGGAUUUGGUUUCGGAUCCACCGCUUCAUCAACUCCUGCUUCCUCCACAUCAUCAUCUUUUGGAUUCGGAGCUUCCUCAACUCCUUCGUUCGGAUUCGGUUCCUCUGCCUCAUCGACUCCAUCGUUCGGAUUCGGAUCCUCUGCUUCAUCGACUCCUGCUUCCACAACUCCAUCUUUUGGGUUUGGAGCCAAUGCUUCUUCAUCUGGUUCUGCUCCGUCACUGUUUGGUUCAUCUACCACCAAUGCUUCUGCUCCUUCUCCUGCUUCUUCUCCUUUCGGAUUCGUAACUUCCUCCGCUUCUCAGCCUGGUUCAUCUCCGUUCGGCGCUCCGUCCUCCUCCUCCGCAGCUCCGUCUUCAUCUCUUUUUGGAGCAGCUGCGGCUCCAGCAAGUGGUUCAUCAUCUCUUUUUGGAUCUUCCUCAUCUUUAUUCUCCGCUUCUUCGUCUGCCUCCACCUCGAAUUCACCUCUCUUCGGAGGAUCCUCAUCCGCCGUUUCUUCAACAUCUCCGCUUUUCGGCGCCCCUUCUUCAGCAACCGGUUCGUCACUCUCCUUCGGUGUGGCCUCAUCAGCCUCUGGCUCCUCACCGUCAAUCUUUGGAGCCGCCGGUUCGUCACCUUCCUUCAGUGUUGCCUCAUCAGCCUCUGGCUCCUCACCGUCAAUCUUUGGAGCCGCCGGUUCGUCACCGUCUAUCUUCGGUUCCUCUUCGUCAGCCGCUUCAACUCCGUCUCUCUUUGCAUCGUCCUCUUCAGGAGCAUCAGCUUCUUCACCUUCCCCGUUUGGAGUAUCCACCAUUAAUCCCCCAGCUACAACCAAUCCUUCGCCUGCCUCAGCUUCUCCUUUCUCCGCUUCUACGGGAUUCUCUUUCUUGAAAAGCACAUCAAGUUCGACAACCACCGCCACUGCUUCUGCUCCUCCACAAAUGGCUUCAUCUUCUUCAUCCUUCUCAUUUGGUCCACCCGCCAGUUCAGGCUUUAACCUUUCAACCGGAAGCUCAGCAGCACCUGCAUCUAGCACACCCGGAGCAGUAUUUUCUAUUGCAACCACUACCACUACUUCUUCUUCGACUCCCGCUGCUACUAGUACACCAGCUUCUUCAGCUGCAGCUUCUACAAUGGGUUUCCCUUCUUUUAGUGUGAGUUCAUCUGCAACCAACACCACUCCGGCUAGCUCCGCUGCUACAUUUGGUACUACAGGAUUUGGUUUGGCUAGCUCAACUCCUGCCGCUGGAUCUACUAGCUCCUUUACUGGAUUUUCUGUACCCCAUACAUCAACACCUGCAUCAUCUUCACAACCACAAACCACUAGUUCUGCAUUCUCAUUCAGUGUUCCAUCUUCGACUUCUACUACUGCUCCUGCUACCAGUUCUGCUACUACAACACAGACAUCUCUUGUUGUGGCUUCGAGUAGUGGGACGAGCACAGCUGUUGCUCCAGUGGCUGGUUCUCCAAAGUUGCCAUCUGAAAUAACUGGCAAAACUGUUGAGGAGAUUAUCAAGGAGUGGAAUACUGAGCUACAAGAGCGCACAGGGAGAUUCCGGAAGCAGGCAAAUGCAAUAGCAGAGUGGGAUAAGCGGAUCUUGCAAAAUCGAAAUGUUCUUUUGAGACUUGAGAUUGAAGUUGCAAAAGUGGUUGAAACACAGUCAAGCUUGGAACGACAGUUGGAAUUAAUUGAGACUCAUCAGCAAGAGGUUGACAAAGCUUUGCAAAGCAUGGAGGAAGAGGCUGAGCGUAUAUAUAAUGACGAGCGGAAAUCACUUCUUGACGAUGAAGCUGCAUCAACUAGAGAUGCAAUGUAUGAACAGUCUGAGCUUGUAGAAAGAGAAUUGGAGCAUAUGACUGAACAAAUCAGAUCGAUCAUACAAUCCGUAAAUGCAAACCAGGGGGGAGAACUUGAAGCAAUAGAUGGGAUGAGUCCAUUGGAUGUUGUUGUAAGAAUCUUGAACAAUCAACUCAGUUCCUUGAUGUGGAUUGAUGAGAAAGCAGAGGAAUUCUCUUCUCGGAUUCAAAAAAUCGCAUCGCAAGGUUCUGUUGGAGAUCGUGAAUUGAUGGCUCCAAAACACUGGAUGUCUUGAUAGAAAAUUUAAAAAAAAAAAAGAAAAAGAAAACACAACAUCUCAGGAAAUGAAUAUCUUCUGUUUAGUUUCGUGUUAUUUCACUGUGCUAGAAGUGUCUGAUUUUACAAUUACACAUUAUGAAUUUUUUACCACAAAGAUUUGUAUCAUCAUUUGAAUAAUUUGAUUGACUGGUUGGUUUGUUGUAAUCCCAAUUUUAAUUACUUUCCAUUAAAA